AAUACAAGAAAAAUGAGAAAAAACAACUUUCUCUUAUUUAUGUAACAGUACUAAGUAUAAUACUACAUAUUAAGUGUUAUAAUGCUACAAAUGAAUCAUUAUUUUUAAAAACUCCCAUUGCUGGUAGCUGUCUUUGCUAAACCUAAUUCAUUAAACUUAUUUCAUUAAUAUUUUAUAAAUAAUUUGUGGCAUUAUACAUUUUGUAAAUAAUAUAUUCUAUAGAAAUAUACAGGAUAAGCGGCAUAGAAAAUGUAUGGAUGGAUGUAUUCAUUUUAAUAAAAUAUUUUGGAGUAUUGAUAGAAUCGAAUGUUAAAAUAAGAAAAUAAGAAAAAACGUACAUAUUAUCUAAAGUAUUAAAGUAUAAUGAAAGUGAGGUAAUGGUACAUUUAAUACAUUUAAAAAGCUCCCUUAUACAGCUGCCUUUGUUAAACCUAAUUCAAGAAACAUAUAUAUUUUUUAAAUAAUCAUUUCAUAAAUCAUUUAUGUCAUUAUUUUACUUGUCACAAAAUAACUUUAAAAUAUCAGCCCUAAUGUUGUCCAAUGCACAGGACUGUACUUCUUUUACUUAAUUACAGUGAUGUGCUUUUUAUGCAGAAUCCUGCUUGCAUCAUUGAGCAGAGGUGCAGCUGUUGUCUCCUGUCUCCAGCCAGCUCCAGUUUAAACACAGACACAAGCUAGCCGGCGGCCCCCUGGGGGGCCCUCAGCACUCCAUGGCUCCAUCUCUGCUGUGUAGUCAGUCUACACUUUGAUACGCCAGGCAGGCACGAGCAGCAGGGAAAAGGCCACGGACGAUGGCGGAAACACAGGGAGGCUGCAGGUGGCUUCUGCCAGGCAUAGCAGUUGCACACAGAUAUGCUUAUUAUGAUGCGUGGUAAUGAGGGGCUUGUUAUAAAUCCAACUGGGCUAACCAGUCAAGGGAGAACAUCUUCAUUACUAAUCCAUAACCUUAUUAACUCCUGUCAUAACAGGAAAGUGAAACCAUUACUGCCAUCUAGGGGUGAUGAUGUGAACAUGAAAACAUUGAGAUUCAAAUCCAAAAGAGCAAAAAUGUGCAUAUCACUUCGUGAUGGGUGAGUUUUCACAUUUUUUGUUGAAUUUUUACACUGCAGGUCUUGGACAUUCUCAGCAUUCAUUCGUGGUAGCAAUAAAUGACGAAAUAGGAAGAAACUUAGCAUGCGUCCUAUAAGGACCAUGCGAUGCUGAUAGUAGCCACUAGGGGGCACGUUUUCAUAAUAUCUGAGGAUUGUUAAUAGCAGUGUAUAGCCCUCAAUAAGUUUCUGUCUGUUUUAUGCUCGAAACCUUUAUUUCUCAACAUUCGCAGACAAUUUCGGCGUAGUGAUGAUGUCAGAAAUUGGACAGAAACGUAACAUGUGUCCAAAAAUGGCUUCUUCGUACUGAUGUGAAACAUUAUAGGGCAUGUUCUGUGACGUACCGUCAAACCUUGGCUUUCGUACGCCCAAGUUUUUGUAUGGUUGGGUUUUCGUCUAGAAUUUUUGCCAACAUUUUGCCAUCUUCGUACACUGUCUGGGUUUGUGUGCAAAAUAGUACUUAACAAACUACUCUGUUUGCCCUGUACGAUAUCCUUCCUCAAAACUAAGUGCCCAAACGACUGUCUAUUAAUUUUUUAUUGAGUGUAACUGUUAAAUAACCCGUCAUGGGGCCAAAGAAAAUUGCGGGUGCCAGCACUUUGAUAAAAAAAAAUUAAAAACACUAUUGAAUUCGAUUGAAGUCCACAUCAACAAUACGUUCCAUCCAUUCACAUUUAUAAUUAUUUCACAUUACUUUCAAAUUUCUGCAUGUCAAAGUAUAAUUAAAGUUUAUUUUUUGUUAAUAUUUUGGGGUUUCUGGAAGCGAUUAAUUGGCUUUACAUGAUUUCCCAUGGGAGAAAUUGUCUCGGUUUUCAUACGUUUAUGUUUAUGGUUUUCAUCGAAACUUCUGGAAGUAAUUAAUAACGAGGUACCCCUGUAUUUUAUAGCCUCAAGAAGUUUCUGUCUUUGAUCUUCAUGCUCUGAAACGGUAUUUUGCCGCAUUCACUGGUAAUUUUGAAGCAGCAAAGAUGCUUCUGAAACUGCGUACAGACUUACCAAGCGUCCAAUAGUUGACGCCUGUUACUGGUCUUAGCCGCUAAGGGGGCAUGUUUUCAUAACGUCUUGUUAACAUGUUAACGUAAAAGCCCUCAGGAAGUUGUGGUAUUUGAUGGUUAUGCUUAGAAAUCUUUCUGUAUUUACCGUCAAUUUCGAAAAUGUGCAAAAAUUGACCAGACAUCCAAUAACUGCCUUUUGAUACUGAUUGUAGCCGCUUGGGGGCAUGUUUGCAUGAUAUCUUACGACUGCAGUUCACUAUACUCCUCAAUACAUUUCUGUCUUUGAUCUGUAAGCUCAGGAACAGCAUUUUUCAACAACCUAAUAACUAUUUCUAAGUAACAGUAAUGUCAGAAAAUGAGCAAAAACAUAGCAAGCAUCCAAUAAUGUCCACAAGGGGGCAUGUAGCAUCCUACUGUCAGCAUUAUAGUCUGCAUUUUCUCUGCAUUCAUUAGUAGCAAUUAUAUCUGAAAAUUGGCAGAAAUUACAAAAGCGUCCAGUCAGAUUGCUCAAAUUGCAUCGUAAUUUUGUUCACAGCCACCGGGGGUCACAGUUGCAUGUUAACUGUGGAUUGCUAUACUAUGCUGUGAUGCUUUAACCAGCAUUGGCCCUCAGGUUUGCCAGGCAAUGUCAGUUUGUAGCUUUAAAGGAUUAUAACAAAAAACAGGCUGCACUUUGCCUAAUCCCAUUCCCAGAAAGCAGAGUUCACACAGAGGAUCAAUACAUGCUAUCCAGUGUCAGUCCUCUGACGGUGACAUAUGGGACAAGUUAAGGUCAACCAAGCAUGGAUGCUGCAUUCUCCCAGAGGACAGUGAACCUGGCAUAGCACACCUGAUGGAUGGAUGCUGCAGGGCUCAUAAUCACACACAGACAGGCAGAGACAUAAUAGGAAAAAAGAAUCAAACACUUUGACAAAUCCUCUCUGACGGAUCGGAUGAACGCGCUAUAGGGUGGAGAAAGUAACAAUUAUAAGGGGCGGAUGAGCUUGACGGGCAGGUGUUGAUAUGGCAUUGGUGUAGCAUACGGCGGCCUUGUGACCCCCGCAUGAACACACCGCGAGGACAGCUUUAAUCUGGGUAAUGACCAUCCCAGGUCAUCCGGGGCGACAACAUAUGGAACGCAAAUGAAGACGGUUCAUGUUGGAGGUGAGAGGACAAGGAAGGGGACCUGUCAAUGAGCCGACAACUACAACGACGACAUUGUGUGGAUGUGGAGGAGGAGGAGUCACUUUUUCGAUGAGGUCACCUUCUAUGCUGCAUUUAAAAGGCUUUUAAUGGCCGUUUAUUUAAUGACUUGUUUUAGGACGUCUCACAGUAACUUUAACGCUUGUUACAGGUUGUGAAAUAUGCCAUUAACUAUUCAUCCAUCCAUUUUCUAUGCCGCUUAUCCUCACUAGGGUCACGGGGGCUUGUUGGAGCCCAUCCCAGCUGACUUUGGGUGAGAUACAGGGUAUACACUGGUUACCAGCCAAUCGCAGGGCACAUAUGGACAAACAAUUUAGAGUCGCCAGUUAACCUAACAUGCAUAUUUUUGGAAUGUGGGAGAAAAACGGAGUACCCACAGAUAAAACCUACGCACGAACAGGGAGAAUAUGCAAACUCUGCACAGAGAUGCCCAAACGGAGAUUCAAACCACUAGGCCAGCGUGCGGCCCUAUCCCAUUAACUAAUUAAUUCUAGGUCAAGGUCCGCGCCAUUUCACAAUAUUCCUGUGUAUUUUUAAAAGCAAAAGCAUCAAAAUUGAAUUUAUAGGAAGAUUUUUUUUAAGGAGUAGGAAAAUAUAUGCCACAUAUUCUAAUAAUAGACACACGUACUAAAAUGUAUACACUAAAACAUUGAUAUAUUAAUUCACUUUUAUAUGCUCCAAAAAUCUUAUAUUGCUGUGUAAUUUUUACAUUACUUAAAAAUUACCCAUUGCAAACAAAAUUGUUAAAUCAUUCUUUUAUUUCUGACAUAGUUUCUUUUCUCAUCCCACAGGGUUGUCAAGCGAUUAAAAUCACAAUUAAUCACAAUUAAUCACAUGUUGUCCAUCGUUAACUAGUAAUUAAUCACAUUUGAUCGCAGAUAGAAGUGUUUUUAAUCUGUAUGUGUACUUUUGAAAGACCAUUUUAAAGUUUUGAAUAUACCUAUCUACAUGAGACUGGAUAAUGUGUUUUCUUGAUGCAAAUAUUUGUUUAUUAAACAUUCUGCUUUUUUAAACAGCUCAACACAAAAUGGACGUCAGUGUAUAAAGAACAAAGGAAAUGUACAGAAAGUAGACAUUGAUAAGGUAAACUGUCCAUCACUAAAUAUUCUCUUCAAGCGAAUACUAAAAUAUAAUUGUGACUAAGAUUACGAACAAAGGUUUGCAAAAACACCCAAAAACUAAGUGAAAAUAAAACAGGGUGUUCGAAAAACUAACAGUUAGUAGUUUACAGAACCACUCUUUUACACAAACUUUAUACUUUAUACUUUACUUAGUCUGGCGACGACGACGUGGAAAUAUCACAGCGCGGGUCUUCCAACAUGCAGCUUUUAUUUAUAUUCUAUAUUAUAUUUAUUUUCUAAUCUUUGACAAACACAGCAGUUCAAGCACAAAUGCUAAUAAAUCGCUAAUAAAUGAUAAUAAUAACGCUAAUAAAUUAUCUUGCGAGCCUUUACUGCCAUUUCAUUGAGUGUUGUGUAUGCUCGCUCACUUCUGCCUUUGUCCCAUCUACACAAGCCCAAAUAGCCUGACCUCGGCUAUGUUUACCCGUAACUAGCAGCUUGGAACCCAAAUUUGUUGAAAGCAUAACAUCAGCCGAGAGAUGGCUCGCAUCUAAAAAAAACACUUGCAUCUAAAAAACCAUUUGUAUGCCAAGGUAGCACUUACAGACAAUGACAAUAAAAAAUACUGGCAGUGCUCCAGUACCUUCUCUCUUCAUUCUGGUAUUUGAGACUCGAUGUACUCGGUGACAACUCAACUCAGUAGAUACAAAUAACGUCGGUCUUGUCGAGACAGCCAUCUGCCAGGGCUUUGAAGCUAAGUUUUCUCUCAAAAUAUCCUUUUCUUUGUCCAUUUUAUAUCUAAAUUAUUAUUAUUAUUAUCUACUUAAUAAUACACAAAUUCAUUAUGAUUUUAUAUAAAAUAUAUAUUAUAUAUAUAAUUAUUACACAUAAAUAUGUACAUAUUUUUUCUUUUUUUUUUUAAUAUCUCUUUUUUGCAGUUUAAAAUCCAAAAGAUAUUGUAUUCAAAAUUGCUAAUUUUUGCAGUUGGUAAAUAUUCAUGAGUCAAAUGUUCAUGAAAGCUAAAUGACUACUCUAUUGUAUACUCAAAACAUUUGGUUUGGUCUUUUUUGGGGGUCAAGAGACUUGUUGUAAACUAAAUAUCUAUAUAUAUAUAGCCAUAGUUUUUAUAUAAUUAUUUCCCUGCAGUAGCAUGAGAGUCACUGGGCUGAGAUACGGGGGUGUCUAAUUUCUGCACAUGCAUGAUGCAUGAUGCCUAACCUCACGAGGUGUCAUCACAUGGCCGUGCUGCAGAAAUGUUUCAUAAACCAGAAGAUGCUGUUCCUUUUAAUGUCAGGGAUUUGCAUUGUUUGGCUUUUAUAGCUGUUUUCCUCUGAUAAGCAUGUGCGUGAAAUGACAAAUAAAUACACUACCAGCAAUGCAAACACAGAGUGUAAUAAUAUUCAUAGUAAUAAUAAUAAUAAUAAUAAUAGAGUCCAAAGAAAUUAGCGUGUUGACAUUUGAUCAACUAUUGCUUGCGAGUCAUAAAAGUAGUAAUGACUUAAAAGCACGUUGACAUGUUAUUUUUAUCCAUUACAAGGUGACAGCUGUGCCAGGGUGUCAACACAACACAAGGCUCCCAAAAACAACAAAAACAUCCAAAAUCAACAGUGUUCCCAACCAACUGAAGAACAAUAGCCACCGAGAGCAAACCUUUGGAUGACAGCUGUGACUGUAGUUGACCUUUGACCUUCUGAUAUCAGUUGACAUCAGUAGGGUUCUGACUUGGAUACAGGGCAAUAAUCACAAUGAACGGAUAAAAACUGGGACAACGACAAUGUCAAAACAAACACUCUGAUUUGCUUGCUUGUCUGUCGGGGGUGUGGUGCUCUGCCGGCUGCUUGGGUGUUUGUUGCCGCGUGUCUCUGUUCUCCGCUGGGCUGUGUUCUGCGUCUUUGCCUUUCCCCUAUCUGGGUGCGGGCCUGUCGGGGUUCCGUUCUGGUGGGUGGGUGGUGCGCGGUUGGUUUUGGGAGCGGUGGGGUGGACUGGCUCCCGCUGGCUGGUGGAGCCUAGUGCCUGGUCGAUUGCUGGUCUCGCCUUACCAUCGAAACUAUCCCAAAAAUGUGAGGAGCACAGCAUGGAAAAUGUUCAACAUACUGAUUCAAAUUGAUAGUGUUCUUACCUUGACCAAAAAAAAACAAGUAAAGAUGAAAAAGGUCUGCCAUAUUUGGCUAUUUUUUAUUUUAAAAGCAAUUCCUUCCUGAAAUGAAGAAGUGUCCUCUCCGGAAGUUAAAGAAGAUGGGUGAUAAUUAGGACCUUUAGCGCGACAAUGCGGAGUGAAAUCCAGUUUGUGUGUUUCUCAGUAAACGUGGGUGUCUUGUGCCAAAACGUGACGCUUUAGAGAUUUAGAGCAUCUGCUUCAAUCAGCCAAUGUUUCAUUUGCCUCGGAGGAUGUCACAGCCAACGAAGACUACAUUGCUCCUUCACCACCGCAGAAGAAGCACAACCGAGAAAUGAAAUAAUGUCACCAAUAUGUGUUUUGUACUUUUCUCACAUAGAAUUAUUGGGUAACUUCAGUGACUACUGAUGAUGAUGAUGAUGAUGAUGUGUUGGCACCAUGAGGAGGAUGCUUGGCUCAUUCAGGAUUCAACACGAUUACGCAGAGCACUGAAGCUGCCUGGAUGCCAGCCAGCAGGACCCAGAUUCGGACGAGACCCUGUUCUCCCGCAUCCUGCACUCCUACUGUGCUGACAGACAAGGACAGCGAUGGAAGUUCCUCUUGUUAAUUUCGAGAAUGUGGAUGAUGUUGGUAUCAACCUGGGGGACCCCAGUGACUCCGGCUACCCGACGUCGCCAACAUCGGAAGCCCCAGAGCACGACCUGUCAGCCCAGCACCUGGCAUCUCCUCGUCCGUCGCCGCGCAGGGGGCGCAGAGGGUACCCCCACGGUCCUGAAGGGCUGUCCCCAUCCACACCGCCAACCUCCAAAGCCACCUCCAGCAGCUGCAGUUUGAUCUCCAAUCUGAAGCUGCUGGUGAGCGGAGAGUCCGUGUCCGACAGCGUCUUCAGCAGGAUGCCCAAGGAAUGCUAUGACAACGAGGACUUCUUUGAGAAGAACUGCAUGGAGGACAAAGACGAGAAGGUGGUCAUCAACGUUUCGGGCCUGAUGUUUGAAACUCAGCUGAGCACACUGAGUAGGUUCCCAGAGACCCUGCUGGGUGAUCCCACCAAGAGGAUAAGCCACUUCGACCCAAUGAGGAACGAGUAUUUCUUUGACCGCAACCGCCCAUCAUUCGAUGGCAUUCUGUACUUCUACCAGUCAGGCGGCAGGAUCCGCCGGCCAGCCAAUGUUCCCCUGGAUGUUUUCGCGAGUGAAAUCGUCUUCUACGAGCUAGGUCAUGAAGCCAUGGAGCAGUUCCGAGAAGAUGAAGGCUUCAUCAAAGAGCCUGAUGUUCUUCUGCCCACCAAUGAACUCCAGAGACAGUUCUGGCUCCUGUUUGAGUACCCGGAGAGUUCCAGCGCAGCCAAAUCCGUUGCUUUGGUCUCUGUCUUUGUCAUUGUCAUCUCCAUCUUCAUCUUCUGUCUGGAAACCCUUCCAGAGUUCAGGGAGGACAGCGACUUUUCACCAGGAGUGGACCAACUCAUCAAUGGGACCCAAGAAGGUUCAAGCCCACCUCCCAACACUAAGAACAUCCUGGCCUACUUGACAGACCCCUUUUUCAUUGUGGAGACUAUCUGCAUCAUCUGGUUCUGCUUCGAAGCAGGCGUCCGCUUUGUGGUGUGCCCCAGUAAGAGCGACUUCUUCAACAAUAUCAUGAACAUCAUCGACAUUGUCUCCAUCAUCCCUUACUUUGUCACCCUGGGAACGGAGCUGGCAACCACCCCCGGUGACGACACAAACUCCAGCCAGAACAUGUCCCUCGCCAUCCUGAGGAUCAUCCGCCUAGUGAGAGUUUUCCGCAUCUUCAAGCUCUCCCGCCACUCCAAGGGGCUCCAGAUUCUGGGACAGACCCUCAAAGCUAGCAUGCGUGAACUGGGGCUUCUCAUCUUUUUCCUCUUCAUUGGCGUCAUCCUCUUCUCCAGUGCCAUCUUCUUCGCCGAGGUGGAUGAGCCCCAGACACAGUUUGUCAGCAUCCCCGAUGGCUUCUGGUGGGCGGUGGUCACCAUGACCACCGUGGGCUACGGGGACAUGUGCCCCAUCACCAUGGGGGGUAAGAUGGUGGGCACUCUCUGCGCCAUCGCCGGCGUGCUGACCAUCGCCUUGCCAGUCCCCGUCAUUGUGUCCAACUUCAACUACUUCUACCACCGUGAGACAGAGCAGGAGGAGAAACAGAUGAUUGAUGCGGCGACAGAAGCGGCGCAGAAGACGUCGCUAGCCAACAAAUACGGCGGAAGCUCGUCAUCGCUGAACAAAAGCAAUGGGACCUGGCAGAGCGAGAAGAACGGUUUUCAAUAAUGAACACUGAAACAUUACCGCUGCAGCGCCUGAUUGACAUGAUCGACAGUAUUAAGAGACGGCCUUUACACGACUUGUCUUUCCUUUGAGCAGCUCUCAUGUCGGAAAACACAAUUUUAACAAGUGCUACUUACAAAAAAGAGAGUUAAAAAAAAACAUGACUGUCCCUCCAGAGCUUUAGAAUAUAUUUAGAAUAUACUUGCCUCCUUCGUUAGGUACCCCUGCACAAUAUAAUGAGAGCCAAUAGAAGCGCUGUAUGCCUGUACAACGAUAGUAAUGCUCAUUUUUAACAGUUUUAUCUUUUGGAUGAUCAAUUUUGUUGUCAUUUUAGCCACAGUUAAGAAUUAAGAAGAGAUAUUUUAACUGUGGUUAAAAUGACAACAAAAUGUCAACGUACAUUCCAACCAUCCAUUUUCUAUGCAGCAUAUCCUCACUGGGGUAGGGGAGCCUAUCCCAGCUGACUUCGGGCGAGAGGCGGGGCACUUCAUGGGACACAACAAAGUAUUUAUAUACAUAAAUGACACUUUUAACCCCAGAAUAUUACACAUUACUUUAUUAUUACUUUAUUAUCUUUAUUAUUUUUUUACAUACAGUAUUAUUUACUCAUACCUUUUUCAUCAUUCUCUUUGCCAGCUGGCUUGACAUCACAGCAUGUUUAUUAUUAACAAUAUUCAUUUUUGUAGGCUGGAAGUGCACUGUGUCAUACAGAAACACUUCUUUAAGAACUGUACAGUAUAAAAGGGCAUUUUGAAAAAGCACUCACAAUGGGCAAAAAAUAUUAUGUAAUUAAGUUUAAAUUUGGAUUUCUUUGCAGUUUUUUGUUAUCUUUGUAAAUGUCAUUUUCCAUUAAUAUUGGAUCUUAUUAGAUGAUGCAGGCGUACCUGUUCCACGUGAGGCUCCACUUUGUCAUAUUGAGAGAAAUCCACAACAAGAAGAGGCGUUCAAGGGCGUUAGGAAGUGUUCAGUACAAUGUGUGUGUGUGUGUGUGUGUGAGGCAUUGGGCCACGUUGUCUUAUCAGAACAUCUUCAAUUGUGGACCCGGCGUUAAAAGAAAAAAAAUGAAUGAUGAACACUUUGCACAUUGUAGAUAUGCUGCACAAUAUAGAGCAAAUGCAAAUAUGCAUGCAGAAAACACAAUCUGAUGGAGCUAGUGUAUGUAAUAGAAACACUUUAAUAUAGAACGUGGAAGUACAAUUUAAAUAGCUCGUUAAAGCAUUGCACUGGACCUCUACAUAUCUCUGAAGCACUUUGACUCUAACAUAAACAGGAAAGCACAUCAGCAUCCUCAAUGUGAUAUUAUGGGGGGGGGGGGACACAACAACCUUUCCACCCUUUAAAUUUCAACAUGCCUGCAUUUCCCUCUUAUUCAUAUUGCAUGGCGUGCAUGCCAAACUAGGUUCAACUAUCUUAAAAUUACACUCAGAAAUAACCACAAUGUAGCUUCAUGUAAAUGAUAGGAAAAAGCCACUAUUUAAAAUUGAACAGGGUUUAGACGUGCAUGCCACAUUUUAACCAAGUGAUUCAUGUACUUUAUACAGUAUAGCAACGGCCAUGGGCGACAACGCCUUUGUAAUAAACAUCCAAUAAAUAUGCAAUAAUGUUGAUACAUGGGUGAAGGAAACCCUGGUUGACCCCCACACACAGCAAUAACUAUCAUAUUUCAUGAAUACGGAAGGCAAUAAGAUGUAAGGGCUGCAUCAUUUAGCGAUAUAAUGGCUACUCAGCACUUUAUGUUAUGGACUAGCACUUCCGAUUAUUGUGUGUGUGUGUGUCAACAUCAUGCAGCAAGCACGGUCAUAAUGAAUGAAUGAUGUUUUAUUUAGUCUGUAAGGAGUGCCUUUCAUUAAACAUGUAUGCUAAAACUGAAGAGUCUCCCGCUGAUCACUUAUCACACGUUUGCAAACGACAUAAGUGGAAGGAAAUGUCAUGUACUCGUAGUUUUGGAGUAAUAAUAGGCUUACCGGAAGCUGGUUAACCAGUUUUUCCUCAUAGGAAAUAUUGGAAAUAGAAAUAGUCUGUUCCAGAGUCAAACUGUGGCCAUCAUAAGACAUUUAUUAACAGU